CUGACUCAUUGUUGAGAGUGGAUCAAUUAGUUUAAGGUUGGUGGUGUUGGUGGUGUAAGCGAGCGACCACUCGCCCUGCAGACCACCACUACACCUUGCUCACAUUUUUUUAUUUACUUACAAAACUACUUACCAGGGAGACAACGACUUGCAAGUACUUUCCCAAGCAACUCUUUCGUCCAUGGUGCUUGUCACUGCCUAGAUUGAUCUUACAGAAUGCCAGGCAAAGUUAAAGUUCGUGUUGUGGCUGGCAGAAAUUUACCUGUGAUGGAUCGCUCUUCAGAUACUACUGAUGCUUAUGUAGAAGUGAAAAUUGGAACUAUCACCUACAAAACUGAGGUCUACAGAAAGAGCCUAAACCCACAGUGGAAUUCAGAAUGGUUUAGAUUUGAGGUUGAUGACCAAGAACUUCAAGAUGAGCCACUACAAAUUCGUCUUAUGGACCAUGACACAUACUCAGCCAAUGAUGCCAUUGGGAAAGUCUAUGUAGACUUAAACCCACUGCUGCUACCUCCACCCACUCCCCCACAUUCUCAACGGCCAUAUGACCCCUCACAGCCAGGAACAGCUGUCAUGUCUGGAUGGUUGCCUGUUUAUGACACUAUGCACGGGAUUCGUGGUGAGGUCAACAUCGUUGUUAAAGUUGAUCUCUUCUCAGACUUCAACAAAUUUCGUCAGUCGUCGUGUGGGGUGCAGUUUUUCUUUACUCCUGAGAUUCCUGCUGGGUACAGGUGUCAGAAUAUUGUCGGAUUUGUCGAAGAGUUGGUGGUGAAUGAUGAUCCAGAGUAUCAGUGGAUAGACAAGAUUCGGACUCCUCGUGCCAGCAAUGAAGCACGUCAGACUCUCUUUUUUAAGCUCUCUGGGGAACUCCAGCGCCGUAUUGGACUUAAGGUUUUGGAACUUGGCGGAAAUGCUGUGAUUGGUUAUCGUCAGUAUUUUGAUCUGGAGGGCGAGACAGGUAUUGUUGUCCGUGGCUUGGGGUCGGCUGUAACGUUACUUAGACUCCACUUCGAAUCUAGCACAACAGGAGGAACCACACAUUCUCCAUCACCGCUUCGAGAGAUCACAGCUCAGAGAGAUGUGGAAGAUGAGCUAGUGCUAGAGAAUAUGUAUGUUCUUGUUCCACACUCUGAUAGGCCCAUGCCCAUCUCUGUUGUCCACUUACCCAAGAACCUCUCCUCAGGCUCUACUCCGUCCACCUGCCAAUACUCUCUUAUGUCCUCGCAGAAUGGAAGCUCCAGCUCAAGUUUUUCAGCACAUGUUCACUCGCAUCACCCCUCGCAGUGGCUUGACUUGAUGGUAAGCCCAUCUUCAGAUCAGGGUAGGGCUCUUCCAGGACAGUUGGUUCUCACCAAUGCAAAGCGAAUGAUUCGUGUACCACUAGUCAAACGGAAAUAUGGUACCACAAUCACCAAACAUCCCCCUGUGUACCUUCAGCGCAAUUCAUCUUUCCCUGAUGGUUCAUCAUGCCGAUAUCAAAGUUCUGGCCAUUUCAAGCCUCGCAAGACAAGAGGUCCAUGGGCAGUACAUGGCUCACACUAUGGACAUCAGAAUAUUCAAAAUAUCAGGUCAAAUUUACCCUCUGGUAACAAGGAUGGCCUUGAAUCUAUGAGAGCUGGGUUACGUAAGACGGCUCAGCGAAUGAUGAAAUUUAGAGGACAUGAAAAAUCACGGAGUUUAGAUGCAAGCAGCAGUGGUCAGUGCAAACCACCACAUGUUGGUAAAGGAGCCAACCUAAAGAUCAGCCCAAAAAUUCACAGUCCUAUGGGGCGGCUACUUGGCAGAGGCUAUCACAGAGCCAAACCUCUGAAAGAAAAGCAGGAGCUUUAUUCACCAGAUAUUGUAGAAGUUAUUGGUUUGGAUGAUGAUGAUGAUGAUGAUGAUGAUGAUGAUGAUGUACAGUGUUCUGAUGAAGAAACUGGGCAUGAGGUAACCAGUAUAGAAUAUUCUUAUAAAAUCAAAUCCACAGCCUUUUCUGAUCCAACAUUGAACAAGAGUGUUUUUGCAAAAUGUCAGUUAAGGCGACCACUGGAUCCCUCAGCCCCAAUUCAGUAUAUUUCUUCGGAUGAGGAUACCUGUAGCUCAGAACCCUUGUCCUCAGACUUCAGUAGUCCAGAACAUGAAGUGAAAGUACAUAAAUGUGGGCAGAAAUUUUUCUUAAGUGAAGAUGAUAUUACAUUACAGAGCUCCCUAGAAAGUCAUUUUACUGGUCCUGUAGAUGUGCAUGAUCUGCAACAAACCACAGAGUGUUCUGCUAGCGAUAGUCGCUUUGCUUGUAGAGAACUUCUAGAAAUGACCUUAGGGCACAUGGAGAGAAUAUAUUCACAAUCUAAGAGUUGUUCAUUAGAAGGAUAUAAAAAACAUUCAUUUUUAUUGAAGGCAGGCCAUGAGCAUGAAGCUUUAUAUGUGAUGGAAGACCUUUCCAUGAAUCCCUUAAGAGAAAAAGAGUUACUUGAAAAUGAUUUACAGGUUACUGAUACGGGAGUCCAGGACAUAUCACAUGAUAUACUAAAGGAUAAACAACACAAGCUCUUGCCUGAACUGGAACAGAAAGAGUCAAAUACUUCAGCACCCGGAAUGCAAAAAGGUGGUGUUUACUCAAAGAAUACCUGCAUGGAAACACAGUCUGCGUGUGAGUCAAACAUGGGUCCAUUGCAGUCAGUAGUACCGCAUUUGAACUCUAUUCCUCUUCCAGCAAUUGCAGUUAUUCCUUCAACUCCAGUCUUACCCCCAAAAUCUUUGAAUUCAUCUAUGCAAAUCCAUGCAAGUGCAGACCACAGUAGUUUGCAUGAAUUUUCUUGUUUAUCUGAUACUAACACAAAUUCUUCUUCUGAUAAUGGCAGUGGAGAUAGUAAUGGUCGAGGUGCUGCCUUGUGUGCGAUGUCUCCUGUUGCUUCUGAUGCACUCUCUCUAUUUAAUACUAACCUGUGUAGCUCAGCUUUCUCCUCUUCUUCCUCUCCUCAGAUCUCUUUGCCAUGUCAGUCCCCUUCCUCCUCCCCUUCCUCUCACCUCUCUCUACCUUAUCAAACCUCCUCCUCCACUCCUGUUUUCUUAUCCAAUUUCUCAUACUUUGCCUCAUCCUCUGCCUCUAAUAUAUCCUCCCCUGCUUCUUCUUCAUGUUCAGAGUUUCCACAUGUAACUAGCAGUCUAAGCAUGAGUAGUAACUUGCUUCAGUGUGCUUUAGAUUUAGCAGCUAAAUGUCCCUCCCAUCCUGUGUACAUCUCUAGCCUUGACAUGCUAGUGGAGGCCCGGCCUGGCUCAGCAUCGAUGGUAGGCUCUCCCAAGCGCUCAUCACGUAGUCGCCAUACUAGUGGCUGUAACCCCAUGUCCAGGAGUCCGUUACCCACUGAUGCUGAUGGUUCCAAGAGUGAUAGUGGUGGUGGAGGAUGUGCAACAGUGGGUGGCAUCAUAGCAUCAACCAAUGGGAAUGCAGCCAACCACUCACCAACUCAUUCUGGCAAAUUGGCGAGUCCUGCUCGUACUCCAGGUGUCUCCAUCAACAGACGGUCUUCAGAUUCUGAUCUCUCCAUUACUCCUAAGGGAGGCAGUUUGGCUGGUAGUGGAGGGUCAUCAGGUGGUGGCAUUAUAGGAAAGGGUAGAAUGCUCACUGGAGUUCAUCGCCCCAUCAUGACUCAAGAAUCAUUUGACAUGCUUGAGUACCCCUUCCUUACAAUGAAAACAUUCCCUGCUGGCUUUAUCUUACAUCUUGGUGGUACAGUAAGUGCUAGGUCAGUGAAGCUCUUGGAUCGCCCCCACACCCCAGAAGAAGUAGAAACACGAGAUAACUGGUGGACACAACUCAGGAUGGAAGUACGUUCACAUGCUCGUGCUUUGGCUUGCAAUGUUGUGCUUGGUUAUGAGGAAUUCACCACCAUUAGUGAUGAGGUAUGUGUGCUGAAUGCAACAGGCACAGCAGCAGUGAUCAGCCUUCAUUAUCUGGACAUGGAUACAAGUGGAGGUUUGCAAGGCAUUCAAAGGUCCCUCCGAGACCCCAUGACACUCUCACUUGACCGUAAAGAUUUCGAGCAGCAACAGCAGCAGCAGCAGCAGCAACAGCAGCAGCAGCAGCAGCAGCAACAACAAGGACAGCAAAUUCCACCUUCAGGCAGAUCAUCUGGAUGCAAGGAUGGGCACUCAGGAUCGCAAGCUUGCAUGAGUCGUAGUCAACCUUGUAUUGAAGAGGGAUUUACUGGCAAGGGUGGGAGUGUCCCACCUCAGCCUCCUCCUCUUCCUCCCUCUUUAUCAAGUGGAUCUUCAAGCCAUCCAGUUCCCAUAUCACCAUCUCUUUGUGCUAUGUGCCAUGUACCUUACUCUGAAACUUCACUACCAUUCCGUGUCAAAAUUUCCAAAUGUUCGAUUUGCAGAAAAGGAAAAGUGCCAGAUGUUCUUUUCACCACUUUGGAGCCACCUACAGGGAUUCCUAUAACAGGAAGAGGCUGUUUAAUCCAAGCAAGGGUGGCUAGAUCAAAGCGAGAUUUAAAGGGUGAGCUUAAUGCUAAAGAAAUAUCAGAUUCUCUCCCAUUUUUGGAGUAUGAGCUGCACAAACAGCUCAUUAAUAAAAUGAAGAUCAAGGGAAUGAAUGCACUCUUUGGGCUGCGAGUCCGGGUGACUGUUGGGGAGCGUCUCAUUGUGGGUGUAGCUACAGCAACUGCUGUGUUCCUGUCUGCUCUUCAACCACCACCAGUCCCAAGAGUGACUUCUGCUAGUUGUGGCCGAGAAGAUGAAAGACACAGAGCAGAAGUUCAGAAGCUCCUCCAUACAACCAUUGCCAGAAACAAGGAAUACUAUGGCACAAAACAUGUUACCUCGGACAUGUUGGUAGAUGAGGUGAACGAUUCUCGGGGGUCUGACACUGAAGAUUCUGAAGACGAUCUUCCAGAGAUUGACUUGUCUUCUGGCAAUAAGGAUACCUCAGUUUUAGAAUUGGAUGAUAUGGAAGAUGCAGAAAUGAUUGGCCUUCUUGUUGAGGGCUGCCCACCUGCCCAGUUAAUGGCAGUAACCACACAAGUGCCUCCUGGUGUGCCCAGAGACAGAAUAGUAACAAACCUCCAAAUGUUUACCCGGGUGUGGAGAACUAAGGUGCCCGCCACACUAAAUCACAACUUCUUCAACCAGUACUUUGAUAAACUUCUCCAGAGUGUGUACUUCAAAGUUCGCAAAUUGGCACCGUGUAUUAUAGCUGGAUUACAAGUAAAUGUGGAGUUACCUGAGGAGGAUGAGUUGCAAAUUAGUCUACUUGGAAUGGUUCUUGGGCAAGGAUCUCCUUCAGUUCAUACACAACCCUCGGCUGUCAUACCUAGCACCACAGUUCAAGCAGGCCAAUCAGAUAUUCCUCUUAAAAAGGCAAAACAAGAUGAUGGUGAAAUGAUAUUCAAAAUGGAGGAAUUAAUUCCAUCAGGAGAAGAAAUUUCAAAAUCAAAAGUAUUCCAACAGCAGGAGCCUCAGGAGCAACACCCUCCACAGCCUUUGGUUUCCAAACAUUCAGUAGUCUCAAUCACUCCAGUGCCCUCAGUACCUUCUAUACCUUCAACAGCUUCUAUCAGUUCUUCUGCAUCAUCUGCUAGGUCAUCAACUAAAUCUAGAAAUUAUCCUAAAUAUAUAAACUAUCAUUUAUCUCCAAGAGAAAGGUAUGGUGUGGAAAUUACUCCUCUUUCCUACAUUCCUGGUGCACGUAUAGAUUGCCACUUGGGGAAUUUGAACUUCUUCUUCAUCAGAGAAUCUACUAGCAUUAAAGAGAGUGGUGGUCUGAGUGGCUUUAUGGGCAGUUUUGUAACUGAGGUGCUGGCACUUGUGCGAGCUCAUGUUGCAGCUCUGGGAGGCAAUGCUAUGAUUGCUUACUUCAUGUCUGAGUGUGUACUCCUGCAUAACCCUUACAAAAAUCAGGGUCAGUGUUUGAUCAAUGUUGGUGGUGAUGUAGUGCAAGUACAAUACAAUGCAGGUGCGUCACUGCAUGAUGGCACUGCCGAAGAGUAAUGGUUCAGCAAUCUUCACUAGGUACAAAUGUCUGUUUUAGUGGAUCACUAUAGAAGUAAUCCUGUUUUCGCAGGUUAGGAAAUUGUCACUAUUAAAAGUUUUUUUAAAGACAUUUAAUAUAAUAACAGAUUCAUAGUCAUUAAUUUUGUUGAAGGAAUAUCUUUAUUAAUAGGAGUAUAUCUUUUGAUGGGUAUAAUGAUAGCAUCUUACAUUUAAUGUAUAGUGAAUCCACUGUACACUAAAUAAAGCAUUUGGUCUUGUGGACCUUAUUAUUAGGCAUCCCCAGUAUGGGUAUACCUUACAGCUUUUCUCUUUGGUACAUUUUUUCACUAAUUUGUUUUCAAGCAGUGUCUUGAGAAUGCCCCUUUGCAUUUUCUUUAGAUUUAUAAUACAAAUAUAUGUUUAUAAAAGAAAGCUCCCUAGUAAAACUAGGCAGGGAACGUUACUGGUGGCCUGUUAAUCUGGGUUUAAGGUUGACAAAGUAUUAUCCUUAGAUUAAGUAUUUUCAUUAGUUAUAAGAAAUUCUAAACAAAUUUAAAGAUAUUAUAAAGCAAUUAUUAUGAAUGCAAGUAGCUGUAAGUAGUUAUAAGAACUCU